AAUAUGUCUUAUACUUUGAUCGUGUGUUUUGGGCAAAGAUCAGAUUGCACGAUUUCAAGGACUGGUUUAUGAAAUGCAUAGUGAUAUUCUCUGUGAAAUUAUUAUGACCUUAUUCUGUGAAAGUUCGGUUCUAACAUGAAAUUUGUUAAUUAAGGAAAAAAAGUUAUUUUCGCAUGACAGGCCUUCUGUAUAUUUACACAUCCUAAUUUUAACAUUUCUAUCAACUUUUGGUCGACGAAAGUGAUAACAAGGAAAAUCUAGAGGCGUUAGCGUGAAAUGCGUAAUUUUUACAAGAGUGAAAUUGCCGCUCGAAGAAACAAACCAAAAUGGCAACCAAGUGCGUGUGUGUUUCCGAUUAUCAAAUCGAAAAGACUAUUGGCAAGGGUAAUUUUGCAGUGGUGAAGCUCGCAACACACACUAUAACAAAAUCCAAGGUUGCUAUUAAAAUAAUUGACAAAACAAAAAUAGAUGCAGAAAAUCUGAGAAAAAUUUUACGGGAGAUAGAGAUCCUCAAGAAGCUGAGGCACCCAUACAUCAUCCGCCUUUAUGAAGUUAUGGAAACAGAGCGCAAGAUCUUCUUGGUCACAGAAUAUGCCAGCUACGGGGAGUUAUUUGUUCGAGACAACUACAAGGACCCAAUGUAUCUAACGUCAGAUCGAUAUUCUUUGGUCAACAACGCUCGCCGCGCUUCUGAUUCCACCAUCACUCACAUUAGCCUCUCUAACAUAUAUCAAGAAUUCCAGAAGCUGCAGAAGGACAGCGGAGUGACAGAUCCAGCCAUACAAGCAGAGCUUCAGCGGGGUCACUCUCUCCACUGGAUGGGAGUCACCUCCUCCAGCCCAGCAUCCUGCCAACAUGGAGGGGCAUCCCCAGCACAAGGGAGCAUCUCCCCAUGUCCACCCACAUCCAUGCAUGGGGGAUCCAUAGCUGGGGGGUCACCCUGCCGGUCCCCACACCCCCCAUCUCCGAGCCAGCACCACUCGCAAACCAUCCCGUUGAUAUCACCGACACCAUCACCGCCAGUUCCCCCGACGACCCCUCCAUCAAUACCAAGUUCACCUCUACACCACAGUGGGAGUAGCAUAGAGGGAACAGCUCUCAGUUUAAGUCGUCUACAGCUCCAUCCUUCCUCUUCACCUGGUGGACCUCGCAGCCCUUCUCAUCGUCAGUCUCCACCCCUGGUAUUGUCUCCACAGCCUUCUUCCCCUGCAUCCUUAUUAAGUCCUGGUGCUCCUCUAUCUCCCCCACCUCCGGGCCAUGUACCUCGGUCUGGGCCCUCCCCUCCUCCGUUGGGAUUGGACAGCAUAAGGGAGGAGCCUCCAAGAGGGUCUCGUGUACCUCAUCGCAACCCAAGCAUUGUACAUAAUUUCACACAAAACCCUCAGAUAUCCAUCACUGACGAGAGUGGAGAUCAGAUCAUCAUUGCUUCAUCGUCAGAUUCGUCCCCAGAUAUAUCAGAUGACAUGGAUUCUUCCCUAUUCUCAUCUCCGCUGUCUCCUGAUCCUGUGACCAUGUUUUCACCACUGUCCUCCCAACGCUUAUUCAAAGGUUUAAGUCUUGAUUCCUCGCCGUUGCCAUAUGUAGGGCAAUAUGAUACGCAAGGACCCUCAAUAACUCGAGGAACUGCUGGUUUGAUUGCAUCACGAAGGUCUCCAGCAGAUAAUAACAACGUCCAUAGAGCUCGUAAUGAACGUAACUUGGUUAGACAAAAUGCCAUAACUGGACCUCCACAUCACCACAUGCUUAUCACUAGCAUGGAAUAUAGGCACAGCUUUCCACCAUUCCCUAAUGGAGGAACGGGUGAAAGUGACACAGAAAUGACAGAUGUAAGUCCAUCGGGGGAUAGAUCACCCCUGGGGGAACACAAUAUUAUAGAACUAGAGUUGCCUAAAACAGGAAGUGGCUCUUUCGUGAUAACACUACCAAACAAGUGGUCAGGCAUGGCUCAGCAAGAUUUAGUAGGUAACAUAAUGGAUAUGCUUGAAAGACGAGCCCCUUCCAUAGUUUCAGAAGGUGUUCGAGACUGUGGUCUCUCGGUGCGGGACCCAACUGGGGCCCAGGUGGACUUGGAGGUGCAUGAGGGUCCUGCUGCAGACUCCCGUGCUCUUAAAUUAAGGAGAGUGUCGGGAGAUGAUCUUCAGUAUAACCAACUCUGCCAACAACUUAUAGAUUGUAUGAAAACCUAGCAGUGACUUUUUAUUUACUAAGUGUGAUGUGGAAUCUUUUAUGUAUGCUGGUACUUCAGAGUUGAGUGUGUGUGAAAUCUUCAGAAUGUCAGAUUAAAUAAUUGUAGCCAUGAGUAGUGCUUGAGGAAAACUUUUUUUUAGCUAUGAUAAUGGACUUCAGACUUAUAUUUUUUUCUAUCUAUACAGCACAGAAGCCAUAAAGCCAAGAUAGUCCUUGUAGGGGCACUGCUCAGGG